AUGGAGAUAGGGGAGGAAGAGAGGCCGCUCUGUUGUCUAGUCGUACGAGCUUUAGCGAGAGAGAGAGAGAGAGAGAGAGAGAGAGAGAGUGAGAAAGAGACGAUCACAUACAUCACGAAGACUCUCUCCAUCUCCUUCCUCCUCCGCCGUCUUCAACGAAACGAGGCAUCCCCAGGCGCCAUGAUCUCUCUCAGUCCCUCCUCAGCAAGACGGGUGUUCCUGGACGUUCCACCCACCUCUCUCUGCGCCAGCCUAGAGCUAGAACCUCCUCGCCUGCUUUCUUCAGAGUCUUUUCCGCUCUCGGAUCUAACUGGGAUCCCAACGGCAGCUGGUUAUACGUUGUUGCGCGAUCCACAUCACAACAAAGGCCUUGCCUUCAGCCACAGGGAGCGUGACGCUCACUAUCUACGCGGCCUCCUCCCCCCCACUGUUAUUUCCCAAGAUCUUCAGGUUAAGAAAAUGAUGCAUACUCUUCGUCAGUAUCAAGUUCCCUUGCAGAGGUAUAUGGCUAUGAUGGAUCUCCAGGAGACCAACGAGAGGCUGUUUUACAAGCUUCUCAUUGACCAUGUAGAAGAGUUGCUACCAGUUGUCUAUACUCCAACGGUAGGGGAAGCCUGCCAGAAGUAUGGUAGCAUUUUCCUGCGUCCACAGGGGCUUUUCAUCAGCUUGAAAGAAAAAGGUAAGAUUCUUGAGGUGCUGAGGAACUGGCCUGAGAAGAACAUCCAGUGUCUGCCCGUAACAAUUGAUGUUGGGACAAACAAUGAAAAGCUACUGAAUGAUGAGUUCUACAUAGGACUCCGCCAAAGGAGAGCUACAGGAGAGGAAUACUCCGAACUUAUGGAUGAAUUCAUGACAGCAGUCAAGCAGAACUAUGGGGAGAAAGUCGUUAUUCAGUUUGAAGACUUUGCCAACCAUAAUGCUUUUGACCUGUUAGCUAAGUAUGGUACAACACAUCUUGUUUUCAAUGACGAUAUUCAGGGCACGGCAUCAGUUGUGCUUGCGGGACUUAUUGCUGCUCUUAGAUUUGUUGGCGGAUCCUUGUCAAACCACAGAUUCCUAUUCCUUGGUGCUGGAGAGGCUGGCACUGGAAUAGCUGAACUAAUUGCUCUUGAGAUAUCAAAGAAGUCCCAAAUUCCAUUGGAAGAGGCUCGGAAGAAUAUUUGGCUUGUGGAUUCGAAGGGAUUGAUUGUCAGUUCCCGGAAAGAAUCUAUUCAGCAUUUCAAAAAGCCCUGGGCUCAUGACCAUGAACCGAUAAAGGACCUUGUUGAUGCUGUCAAGGCAAUCAAGCCAACAGUUCUAAUUGGAACAUCAGGAGUAGGUCAAACAUUCACUCAAGACGUGGUGGAAACCAUGGCAGAGCUAAAUGAGAAACCUAUAAUUCUUGCUCUUUCAAACCCAACAUCUCAGUCAGAAUGUACGGCAGAAGAGGCCUAUACGUGGAGUCAGGGCCGGGCGAUCUUUGCAAGUGGAAGCCCAUUUGCGCCAGUAGAGUACGAGGGAAAGACUUUUGUGCCGGGACAGGCGAACAAUGCGUACAUCUUCCCUGGGUUUGGACUGGGGCUAAUAAUGUCAGGGACCAUUCGCGUUCAUGAUGACAUGCUUCUGGCCGCAUCAGAAGCUUUGGCCGAGCAACUGAUGGAGGAGCACUAUGAGAAGGGGAUGAUAUUCCCUCCCUUCAGGAAUAUCAGAAAAAUCUCAGCUCGUAUUGCAGCCAAGGUGGCUUCCAAGGCCUAUGAACUGGGAUUGGCCACGAGGUUGCCUCAGCCCAAGGAGCUGGAGCAGUGUGCUGAGAGCAGCAUGUACAGCCCUUCCUAUCGGAGCUACCGCUGAGGAUAUGCUUACACUCACUUGAUGAUCCUUUCUCUCAACUCCUGUUCUUUCACUUUCCUCUUUCCAUGAGAUUUUUUUUUUUUUUUUGGUUUGGUCAGCAUCUUCAAAUCUGUGUGUGUAAUCUCACUGUUUCCCUUGUUGUUUUUGGUUUUUUUUUAAAUAUGUCUAAUAAGCUACGAAAAUUGCUGUUCUAGGCUCUCCGUUCGUAGUCGUGUAUGUUUAGCGUCUUUGUAGAAACAUAUGUGCAACUGAUGGCUGCAUAUGAUAAGUUUUCUUAUAGGAAUAUUCACGAAAUGAAACCUAUAGUACUGAUUAUCGUCUUUGUUGUUUUCAUUCUAGUUUUUCUUAACCGCCUUGAUUGGUGUCUCCUCC